AAAUCAAACGAAAGCAUCAUAAAGCCUUGCGCGCUGCAUCUGCAGUAUACUCGCGUCGGAGAUCCCACCCCGGCAUGGCUUCUCAAAUGAGCAAAAAGAGAAAGUUCGUAGCAGAUGGAGUGUUCUAUGCGGAGUUGAACGAGGUGUUGACUCGUGAGCUGGCGGAGGAUGGAUACUCUGGCGUGGAGGUCAGGGUAACUCCCAUGAGGACAGAAAUCAUUAUCCGAGCCACUCGCACCCAGAAUGUUCUCGGCGAGAAGGGGAAGAGGAUUAGAGAGCUUACGUCGGUGGUGCAGAAGAGAUUUAAGUUUCCGGAGAACAGCGUGGAGUUGUAUGCCGAGAAGGUUAACAACAGGGCACUCUGUGCCAUUGCUCAAGCUGAGUCGCUUCGAUACAAGCUGCUUGGUGGCCUUGCCGUCAGGAGGGCGUGUUAUGGUGUUUUGCGAUUUGUGAUGGAGAACGGAGCCAAGGGAUGUGAGGUCAUUGUCAGUGGAAAGCUGAGGGCUCAACGUGCUAAGUCUAUGAAAUUCAAAGAUGGUUACAUGAUCUCUUCUGGACAGCCAGUCAAGGAAUAUAUCGAUUCUGCUGUCAGACACGUUCUUUUGAGGCAGGGCGUACUUGGUAUCAAGGUAAAGAUUAUGCUAUCUUGGGAUCCGAAGGGUAAGAUGGGGCCAACAACUCCCCUCCCUGAUCUUGUCACAAUUCAUCCCCCCAAGGAGGAGGAAGACUACAUCAGGCCGACACUGGUGGCAUCUGAGAUUGAGGUCCUUGCAUAAAGCAACAUUUGCUGUCUCCUGUGACGGUUGCUGAUGUUAUAUUUAUUCAAAUAUUUUUAAGGAUUCUUUUGGUGAAAAUUAAUAUGCUAGGUGAUGUAGAACGCGCCUUGACAAAAUUUUUGACUGUAGAGCCUGAGUUUUGUUCAACUGUAUCUUCAAAGAGAUUUUGUUUUCUACCCUGUUGUCAAAUCUAAAAGGCACUUAUUUGUCUGUUCUCUUC